UCCUGCCCCUUCCUUCUUCCUCCUCAGCACCCUUCCCAUCCCGCCGCAUCCCCUAUAAACACACCAACCCCCGGCACGCCGUUGCUUCCUCCCCAUUUCCACCAUUCCCUUCCUUCUUCCUCUCAAUCUUUCGCUUGGCGUCUCCUCCAAUCGAAUCGGAUUCCUUCCCCAAAUCUUAGGGUUAGGGUUUCGUCUAUCCUUCCCUUCCUUGCCAAUUAGCGCGUCGCGAGGGCUAGCGUUGCGUGUGAUGAUGGGCACUGCCGUGGAGCUUGGCCAGAGGCACGGCGAAGGCCACUUCUGCGACGCCGCCAGGGCUCUCCGAGUCCGCCAACGCGGCCUCCCUAAGUCGCGGUGGUCCGCCGACCAGGAGAAGGCGCCGGACGUGCCAUUGCCAGCAGUGGCCCCCGGUGUUUCAGGAAACCUACAGCGGUUUUUGGCCGCCGUGACGCCGUCCGUGCCGGCGCAGUACCCCUCCAAGAGAGCAGCGAGGGGGUGGAGGUGCGGCGGCGUCGAUGGCGAGCGGGACAGGUCGUACUUUGUUCUCAGCGACGUGUGGGAGGCGUACAGUGAGUGGAGCGCGUAUGGUGCCGGUGUGCCACUCAUGCUUGAUGGGUGCGACGGGGUCAUCCAGUACUAUGUGCCCUACUUGUCUGCCAUCCAGCUCUAUGGAGACCCCGCAAUCCUGCGGCCAUCACCUACCCCAAGAGAAAUGUUCAAAAUGACAAUUAGCAUCUCCAAAAGGCAUGACGUGAACAAUUGUCUUCAUGUCCGUUUAUAUAGGCAUAUGAUGAAUGACAAUGAUGUAGAUAGCCAUGACUCCAGCAGUGAUGCAAGCAGUGAUUAUGGGCAUGGAAGACUAAAACAUCUUACUCAGGAAAGCUUCUCAAGUGAUGAUGGUGAAUCUGGAGAUCUUCAUGGUCACUUGCUUCUUCAAUACCUUGAAUUUGAUUCUCCAUUUUGUCGUGAACCAUUGACUGAUAAGAUUUCUAGCCUUUCAGCUAGAUUUCCUGGACUGAAGACCUUAAGAAGUUGUGAUUUAUCACCGCGAAGCUGGAUAUCUGUUGCUUGGUAUCCAAUUUACCGUAUCCCUAUGGGCCCAACAUUAAAAGAUUUGGAUGCUUGCUUUCUGACGUUCCACAAGCUUUCAACUUACACAGGAGAUCAUGGUGGUGCUCUAAAAUAUCCUUGGGGUCCUGAUAGCACACCAAUGAUAUCACUACCUGUUUUUGGCAUGGCUUCUUACAAGUUCAGCAAGUCAGUAUGGUCUUCGAGUGAUGGGGAUUGGCAGCAGGCAAGCCGCUUACUGCAAGCUGCUGCUGAUUGGCUGCUAGAUAGCCAUACCAGUCAUCCGGAUUAUCAGUUCUUUGUCUCACAUGGUGCAUACAACAGGUAGUAGCACCAAAUUUGAAACAGAAUGUCUGGAAGGAGUUGGUUGUAAACAUAACCAAAGGAGGCGGACGUUUUGCUGUUUUCAUACUCUGAUGCAUGUCAAGACAGGGUUUGAGCUCCCACGUGGGAAGCAUGCAAUGUUGUUCUGCCUUGUAAAGUGCACUAAUUGGAGGAUGUGAUCGACUGUGUUUUUAUGUUAUAGUCCGUCGGUGAUCCCCCUAUGGAAAUUUGGGACGAGAAACAGUGAAGAGGGAAAAGAGACUUGAUGCAGUUGUUUUCCAAAGUAUUGUGGCUCCGGGAUAGAUGGAGCUACUGGACUUUCUUGUGUGUUACAAAAAUAAGGGGGAUAUUUACGAGAUCCCCCUAAAUGUUGGUAAACUUGUGGAUGCUUGUCGACACUGCAUAGUACUGUUUUAAGUGAAACUUGUAACUGAUUAGCAACUUGCCAUCUGCCAAGCUAUCACAUCGUUCUGAGUAGCUCUGGGAUAGAUGGCGCUACUGGACUUCUGUAUGUGCUUUAUUGUGUGUCUUGCAAUAUUCUGAAUGUGAAUUGCUGUGUGCGCAAAUAUUCGUAGAUCGUGAUCAACUGUCAAGUGAUUGGAGUGACAAGAAAAACUGACUUUCAGUGUUUUUACCUUGUCAAGAGGACAGGAGUUUCCAGUGGGAAGCCGAUCAACAACAUAAUAGGCAUGUCCAGUUGAAGCUGAUUGAUCAAGCUAAGCUAUGGAGAAAAAUGGUUCUGCUUCUGUGAUCUGUGUAGCCAAUAUUUACCGUGGAAAGCGUCUACGUUUACUGUCUGGUAACUUGUGUAAACCAGUAGAACUCUUGGAGUUAAACUGAUAGACUGAUAGAUAUGCUUUAUUUGGCGCUGAAGUUGUAAUCGAGCAAACUGUUUAAAAACUGUCUCAGGUGCAUCAAUACAUUUGAUUCUGUGA